AACCAGUUUCAUUAUGUUCAGUAUCACGUCCGAUGUAGCGCGAAUCACCAUUAUAAUUAUGCUCAAAAUAUCAUAUUUUUACAGACUGUUAAACAUGACGGUUUAUGUUACCUUUUUAGUGAUCGCAGUGAACAGUGUUAUAACCAACGCACAUUUCAUACCAAAAUCUUUGCCUGAAGAUGCACUUCUGAACUUUACUGGACUGAGUGAAAAAUACGGACAAAAGGCUGAAGAACAUAGUGUUAUAACUGAAGACGGUUAUGUUCUGACAUUGUUUCAUAUAGCAGGAAAAAGGAAACCUCCAGUUUUGCUGUUACAUGGCAUACAUGAUACAGCAGAUACUUUUAUUAUAAGAGGAAAGAGAUCUUUAGCGAUCACAUUAGCGAACACAGGCUACGAUGUCUGGGCGGGAAAUACUAGAGGAAAUAAAUACAGCAGGCGACAUAUUAAGCUUAAUCCAGACACAGACCCAGCAUUCUGGAACUAUACUUUUCAUGAACAUGGAGUAUACGAUCUUGCUGCUAUGACAGACUAUAUUUUAAAUGCAACAGGAGAACAGAGCUUACAAAGCAUCGGACACUCUGAAGGAACGACGGAUCAUUUUGUAUUAGGAUCACAAAGGCCUGAAUAUAAUGAUAAAUUUAGACUCUUCAUAGCACUAGCUCCUGUGGCUUUCCUAAGCAAUUUGAUUUUACCCGUAUCUGCAGUAACUGAACUUGGUCCUUUGAUAAACCAAGUAUUACUUGCUUUGAAAAUCGAAGAAUUAAUCAAUGAGAAAGGAAUCUUGAAAAAUCUUCUAAAUUUGAUAUGCAACAAGGAAGACGUUGGUUACGAUUUGUGUUUUAAAGGAUUUAUACUACAGGGUGCAGGUUAUGAUACUAAACGUCUCGAACCGGAGUUUCUCCCGACUGUUUUAGGACAUAUUUUCGCAGCUGGUUCAAGGAAAAACUUGAUACAUUACGCCCAAGUAGCUUUAAGCAAACGUUUCGCCCUUUUUGAUUAUGGCCCUGGAGAGAAUAUGAAACGAUAUGGAUUUACAGUAGCUCCUGAUUAUAAUCUUCGACAGGUUACUAUGAAAACAGCACUUAUAGUGGGGAGAAAUGACAACUUAUCCAGAGUUCGAGACGUGGAAUAUUUACGCUUUCUUCUUCCGAACAUUGUCGAGUAUCAUUUGAUGAGGCAAAAAAGAUGGAACCAUAUUGAUUUUGUCUGGGGCAAUGACAUGCCGGAGACCUUGUUUCCUGAGAUAUUAUCGUUAUUAGAGAAAUAUAGAUGAUAGAGAGAAUCAAUAGCUUUGGAAAAUCCAAAAAUGCUUUUAC